AAAGCAUUCACACAAUAAUAGCUCUAAAAUUAAGAAUAAGUGAUUGGGCUACUUGGUUGUUUAAGAUAUUUUUUUUCCAACUGAGAAAAAAACAUAAAAACAUGAGUUAUUUGGCUACUUACCUGGUCGGUCCCACUUUAGAUAAGACAGGUUAAAUGUGACCCAUGAACCAAAUUGAAUUUAGAUCCAAAUUUCCUUUAUAACCAAAAACAAUUACCAAGUUUUAUUGAAUAAAUAUGUUGAAGUUUUGUAGUAAUUCACCAAAAAAAUACCAAUGCUUUUCUCCUCUGGCCUGCAUCUUUAAACCCUGGCGUGCAUCUAUUAUUGUUGACAUCAAAACCAUGCCGGUGUGGACUUACUAAAGUCAAAGGCUCAUCUCAUCAUACAUUCAUGCAGUAUGCAUGAGUCUUUUACAUGAAACAAGACAAACUUCAGAGCUCCGUGGAACAAUGAGGGGAGCUGCAAUCAAAAGCUCUCGGGCUUCCGCUGGUUCUAUCAGCCCUGCUGAUCUCAAACCAGAAUGCACAGCCCAGGUAUCAGAACCCUCACCUGAUUACUCUUUACAGAGACCUGCUUGUGAGCCAUUCAGACUCAUGAAAUAUUGAACGGCUGGAGUUUCCGUUUCACCCCCGGUGAAGGAGGGAAGAGCUCAGAGAGGGGCAGACAGGCGGACGGGCACAACCAACACAGUGGAAGAAAAAAAAAAAGGCUGACAACAGAGGGAUUAAGAGGAAAUAAAACAUCAGGCACCCUGGGAGGCGGACACAUGAGCAGGGAUGGAGGGAGAGGAAACGGAAAGCUGCGGUGAGAUGGCCGUCUUCCAGGCUGAAAGUGCACCUCAGAGCUGCAGUGAGAAAAGUGAUGAGUCCAUAAACCACCAGAAGCCACAGGAGGACAACGCCGGAGUCAGUGACAGAGAGGCGGAGGAGGACGAAUGCAUCAGGGGUGCAGAGUUGUUGCCACAGGAGACUCCGACAGGCACAAACACACAGGGAGAUGAUGACCGCCUUCUAUUGUCACAUCUGUCAGCAGACGAAGAGACAGCCGCCCCUGCAGUCACUUCUCAUCAGCCCGACGUGCAACAUAAUCCACCGGAGCCAUGCUGGUAUUGUCUGAGGUCCCUCGACUCAGAGUAUUUACCGGAAGCCACCAAGCAGCAAGACUCUGACCCCGCAUCGCCAACUAGUGGUCAGAAGGUGAGCUACCAGACAGACCCUCGGCCUCACUUUGGUGUGGCUUGUUCCUCCCACUCCACAUGCAGCUCCCUGUGGGGCAGCGAGGGGCCCUGCUGGGGACAAAGAAACCAGGAGGAUCUGGAUCAGACGGACACUUGUCCUCACUGCCAUAUAGGCUUGGCCCCGGACACUCUGCGGUGGCACGAGGCAAAGUGUCUGCUGUUUGAUGGAUCGAAGAACUCGAAAUAAUAAACCAUCAUCAGAGGAAAAUUUUCAGUUUGUGUUUUGUCCUGGUAGAUCUUAGAUUAGGUGCUGGAUUUUAGACAAGAUGAAGGGAAGAUAAGAUAAAUAGAUCAAAUAAAGCUAAUUUAAUAUCAAAUGAAGUAAUUAAUUUUGGGAUAUUUUCUUUUGAAUAAAAUAUUUAAGUGUUAA